AUGUACGUCACAAUGAUGAUGACCGACCAAAUCCCUCUGGAAUUGCCACCAUUGCUGAACGGAGAGGUAGCCAUGAUGCCUCACUUGGUGAAUGGAGAUGCAGCUCAGCAGGUUAUUCUUGUUCAAGUUAAUCCAGGUGAGACUUUUACAAUAAGAGCGGAGGAUGGAACACUUCAGUGCAUUCAAGGACCUGCUGAAGUUCCGAUGAUGUCACCCAAUGGAUCCAUUCCUCCUAUCCAUGUGCCUCCAGGUUAUAUCUCACAGGUGAUUGAAGAUAAUACUGGAGUCCGCCGGGUAGUGGUCACACCCCAGUCUCCUGAGUGUUACCCCCCAAGUUAUCCCUCAGCCAUGUCUCCAACCCAUCACCUACCCCCCUACUUGACUCACCACCCACAUUUUAUUCAUAACUCCCACACGGCUUACUACCCACCUGUUACCGGACCUGGAGAUAUGCCGCCUCAGUUUUUUCCUCAGCAUCAUCUUCCCCCUACAUUAUAUGAGCAAGAAAUUAUACCACUCUACGGAAUGUCAAGCUACAUCACCCGGGAAGACCAGUACAGCAAGCCUCCGCACAAAAAACUGAAAGACCGCCAGAUCGACCGCCAGAAUCGCCUCAACAGCCCACCCUCUUCUAUCUACAAAAGCAAUUGCACAACCGUGUACAAUGGCUAUGGGAAAGGCCACAGCGGUGGAGGCAGUGGAGGUGGAGGUGGCGGCAGUGGUGGUGGGCCAGGAAUUAAGAAAACUGAGCGUCGAGCAAGAAGCAGUCCAAAGUCAAAUGAUUCAGACUUGCAAGAGUAUGAGUUGGAAGUAAAGAGGGUGCAAGACAUUCUUUCAGGAAUAGAGAAACCACAGGUUUCUAAUAUUCAGGCAAGAGCGGUUGUGUUGUCCUGGGCCCCCCCUGUUGGACUUUCAUGUGGACCCCACGGUGCCCUCUCCUUCCCCUACAGUUAUGAGGUUGCCUUAUCAGAAAAAGGACGAGAUGGAAAAUACAAGAUAAUUUACAGUGGAGAAGAAUUAGAAUGUAACCUGAAAGAUCUUAGACCAGCAACUGAUUAUCAUGUGAGGGUAUAUGCCAUGUACAAUUCCGUGAAGGGAUCCUGCUCUGAGCCAGUGAGCUUUACCACCCACAGCUGUGCACCCGAGUGCCCCUUGCCACCGAAGCUGGCGCACAGGAGCAAAAGCUCACUGACCUUGCAGUGGAAGGCACCAAUCGACAAUGGUUCAAAAAUCACCAACUACCUUUUGGAAUGGGAUGAGGGCAAAAGAAACAGUGGUUUCAGACAGUGCUUCUUCGGGAGCCAGAAGCACUGCAAGCUGACGAAGCUUUGCCCAGCGAUGGGGUACACGUUCAGGCUGGCUGCUCGGAACGACAUCGGCACCAGUGGUUACAGCCAGGAGGUGGUGUGCUACACGUUAGGGAACAUUCCUCAGAUGCCCUCUGCGCCGAGGCUAGUUCGAGCCGGGGUCACCUGGGUCACGCUGCAGUGGAACAAACCAGAAGGCUGUUCACCGGAGGAAGUGGUCACCUACACCUUGGAAAUCCAGGAGGAUGAAAAUGAUAACCUUUUCCACCCAAAAUACACUGGAGAGGAUUUAACCUGUACUGUGAAAAAUCUCAAAAGAAGCACACAGUAUAAAUUCAGGCUAACUGCCUCUAACAUGGAAGGGAAAAGCUGUCCGAGCGAAGUUCUGGUGUGUACGACAAGUCCCGACAGGCCUGGGCCGCCAACGCGACCCCUCGUUAAAGGACCAGUGACGUCGCAUGGCUUCAGUGUCAAGUGGGAUCCUCCAAAGGACAAUGGUGGUUCAGAAAUACUCAAGUACUUGCUGGAGAUUACUGAUGGCAAUUCUGAAGGUCAGUGGGAAGUGGCAUACAGUGGAUCGGCUACAGAAUACACGUUCAGCCACUUGAAACCAGGCACUUUGUACAGACUCCGAGCAUGCUGCAUCAGCACCGGUGGACACAGCCAGUGUUCUGAAAGCCUCCCUGUUCGCACACUAAGCAUCGCACCAGGUCAGUGCCGACCACCGAGGGUUCUGGGUAGACCAAAGCACAAAGAAGUCCACUUAGAGUGGGAUGUUCCUGCCUCUGCCAGUGGCUGUGAGGUGUCGGAGUACAGUGUGGAGAUGACGGAGCCCGAGGACGUGGCGUCGGAGGUGUACCACGGCCCAGAGCUCGAGUGUACCGUGGGCAACUUGCUUCCUGGGACCAUGUAUCGUUUCAGAGUGAGGGCUCUAAACGAUGGAGGGUACGGCCCCUAUUCUGAUGCCUCAGAGAUUACCACUGCUGCAGGGCCCCCCGGACAGUGCAGAGCGCCUUGUGUCUCCUUUACACCUGAUGGGUGUGUCCUCGUGAGCUGGGAGAGUCCUGAAAGCUCUGGUGCUGACAUCUCAGAGUACAGGUUGGAAUGGGGAGAGGAUGAAGAAUCCUUGGAGCUCAUUUAUCAUGGGACAGACCCCGGCUUUGCAAUAAGGGACCUGCUGCCUGCCGCACAGUAUUGCUGUAGACUACAGGCCGUCAAUCAAGCUGGAGCAGGGCCGUACAGCGAGCUUGUCCUUUGCCAGACACCAGCAUCUGCCCCUGACCCUGUCUCCACAAUCUGUGUCCUGGAGGAGGAGCCCCCCAAUGCCUACCCCGAUUCACCUUCUGUGUGCCUUGUACUGAACUGGGAGGAGCCGUGCAAUAAUGGAUCUGAAAUCCUUGCUUACAAUAUUGAUCUGGGAGACACUAGCAUCACCGUGGGCAAUACCACCACCCACAUUCUGAAAGAUCUUCUUCCAGAAACAACGUACCGGAUCAGGAUUCAGGCCAUAAAUGAAAUUGGAGCUGGACCCUUUAGUCAGUUCGUUAAAGCGAAAACUCGGCCGUUACCACCCUUGCCUCCUAGGCUCGAGUGUGCUGCAGCCGGGCCCCAGAGCCUGAAGCUGAAGUGGGGAGACAGCAAUGCCAAGACGCACGCUGCCGAGGACACGGUGUACACCCUGCAGCUGGAGGACAGGAACAAGAGGUUUAUUUCAAUCUACAGAGGACCCAGCCACACCUACAAGGUCCAGAGAUUGACGGAAUUCACAUGCUACUCCUUCCGAAUCCAGGCAGCGAGCGAAGCUGGGGAAGGGCCCUUCUCGGAAACCUACACCUUCAGCACAACUAAGAGUGUCCCCCCGACCCUCAAAGCACCUCGAGUAACACAGUUAGAAGGAAACUCAUGUGAAAUUUUAUGGGAGACGGUACCACCAAUGAAAGGUGACCCUGUCAACUACGUUCUGCAGGUAUUGGUCGGAAGAGAAUCUGAGUACAAACAGGUGUACAAGGGAGAAGAAGCCACAUUCCAAAUCUCAGGCCUCCAGACCAACACAGACUACAGGUUCCGCGUGUGUGCGUGCCGGCGCUGUUUAGACACCUCUCAGGAGCUCUGCGGGGCUUUCAGCCCCUCUGCAGCUUUCGUAUUGCAACGAAGUGAGGUCAUGCUUACAGGGGACAUGGGGAGCUUAGAUGACCCCAAAAUGAAGAGCAUGAUGCCUACUGACGAACAGUUUGCAGCCCUCAUUGUGGUUGGCUUUGCAACUUUGUCCAUUUUAUUUGCCUUUAUAUUACAGUACUUCUUAAUGAAGUAA